AUGUCCUUAUACCAGCAACUGCCUUCCUCGCGUCCAAACGACGUCACUGAGGACCAGGAGGCCAACGACGUCACAGUCAUCAGUGCCCAACUAUCAUCUGACGAACUCGUCAGCAACGAAGACAUCACGACGACACAUAGCAUCAUCGAGGCAGGCCGAGAAGAAGAGGCUGAGGCGACGGGAAUCACGUAUAACUCAGAUGGCCAGACGGUUGUGAGUUUCAACAUCUGGAGUAUAUUCAAGAAGGGCGCCAUCAACUUGAUAUUACCGUUUAUCAACGGCAUCAUGCUUGGGUUUGGCGAGAUUUUUGCCCAUGAAGUCGGGUUCAAGUAUGGGUUUAUUGGCGCCAGGGUCCAGCCUCCCAGAAGACAUAUCCAGGCCAACAACAAGCCCAAGUUCAUAUAG